UCCAGGAGCAGCUGGAGGAAUAUGCGGGCUGCCAUCACUUGGAUGAAGGCUGGGUCCUGGCGCAGAGGUUUGGAGAGGGAGGCGAUAAGUUGAUCCCGGUCGACUCCGUGGAGAAGAUCCAGUGGCAGCACCAAACACUCGGGGUCGAUUAUAAACCUGCGACCAGCUGGGAACAAGUGGUGGACCUGACCUACUCCAUGCACCUUGGAGAGAAGCCCAGACUCAUAGAGCAGGAUGAGGCCGCGGUGGAGAAGUUUCGGUCUGUGCCCCUGGGCUGGAGCUAUGACCAUGAUAUGGAGCUGGGGCGCUUCCUGUAUGACCACAGUGAGCUGCAGCACAGGGACGACAUCAAGGAGCUCCUCAGCAGCAUCGAAGUCUCCUCACAGAUGGACGACUGUGGCGCAGCCCAUCUGAUGGACAACCAAACACACACCUACUGGGAGAGCAACGGGUCACCAGGGCAGCACUGGGUGCGGCUCAACAUGAAGAAGGGCGCCAUCGUCACGAAGCUGUGGCUGAUGCUGGAUGGGCAGGUCAGCUCCUAUAUACCCAGGCGGGUGGCUGUGUAUGGAGGGCCACCAAACAGGCUGCAGCACCUGAGAACUGUCCUAAUUAAUGAGAACAGCUAUGGGAAGGUCUGCAUCCUCCGCGACAUGAAGGCCCACUUGCCAGUGCUGGAGAUCCACAUCCUGUAAUGCCGAGAACAAGGGUACAACGUCCGCCUGCGAGGGAUUAAGAUCAAGUCCUUCUGGGAGUGGGACCUGAAGCUCAAUGCUGACACGUUCCAGCCAGCCCAGCUGGUGCGCUACCCUCUCUUGGAAGGAGUGCAGAAGGAUGUGCUGUACCGGCGGGCCGUGCUCAUUCAGAGGUUCGUCCAUCUACUGGACAGUGUCCUGCAUUACUUGAUCCCCCUCUCUGAGGACAGCAUUGGCACCUUCAAUGUUCUCAGGAGCAUGAAGCCGUUCCUGCUGCUGUCCAAGCAGAGCACAGCCCUCAUCACCCACUGUCUCGAGUCCUCGGAGAGCAAGCCACCUAACGCCGCGCCAAAGCUGUGCAUCAACCGGCAGCUGGCCCGGGAGCACCGCGCCCAGCCCGCGCUGGACCCCAGCUGCAAGAACGCCGUCUUCACCCAG